AGUUUCUUUAUACACGCAUAACCAGAUCUCUGUAAUAACGAGGAUCAAUACACCAAUGCCUCAUCAGAACGCCCACGACGUCCAGGGACGACUCAUCCUGACGUCAGGUGCAACUCACUAUAGCUUUCGACUUGUAGAAUAAAUCCAUUAUCUACCUAGUAAUCACUUAUCUCUCACAGUUAGCAAAAAAUUUGUCUUGUCCAGCUGCAGCCAAUAUGUCGUCCAAUACACAUUGUGAGGCUGAUAUGAACCACUGUAACAGUGGCUUCUUAGAUAUGGAAUGUGCGCCCAAAAGAUAUGCCUUCCGGGGAACACAACAAUUCUGGGACAUUUGGGAGAUGCAAUGGAAGGCUCAAGACAGUGAAUGGGUGUUGUUUACUGAUGUAGACGAGGAGACGUUCACGCGCGACUUCCUCAACUCACCAGACAAGAUCAUCCGAAAAAGCUGGAACUCCUACGAUAAAACAAACCAGCUCCUACUAACCAAGAUGCCGAUUUCCAGUGAACACGGGGCAGCAGCUAGUGGUUUUGAGGCUAAAAUGACCUUAGCCCUUGCACAUAUGGGACUCGAAUCGAAAGUGACAGGAAGCGGAUCCGCAGGACACCGUGGCUAUGAUGGAGGAAAACAGCCAGACUGCCAAUGGCGACCAACAAGACCCCCUCCAGGCCGGUCCAAAGAAUGGCCUACUGUGGUAGUAGAGGUGGCAGUAUCGGAAUCAGCAAGCAAAGCAAUGAGCGACGUGAGAUGGUGGCUCCGCCAGGGUGACGGAGACGUUCAAAUAGUAGUGAUCUUGAGAGUUGAUCGUCAAGGUCCAAAGAUCACACUAGAGAAAUGGGGAAGAGGCAGCAAUGAGCAACCACACAGGCAUUCAUCUGUUGUUGUAUACAAAAAUUCUAAUCAACCCAUCAAGGUUGACGAUGGCCCGCUAGUCAUCGAAUUCGAGAAACUAUUCCUGCGCGCCCCGGAUUGUCCGAAAGAGAAGGAUAUUAUACUGGGUGACGAGGAGUUGAAGGGCCUGGCGAAGAGAAUAUGGAACGCACAAGGCUUUUAUGACGAGGAGUAAUUAACUGGUCGGACCGCGUAAUUACAUGACGGUAAUUACCGACCAGCGGGAAGCGUGAUCGUGGCCUCUUUCCAGCAACCCCGACCUCACCUCCAUCGACCAUCUUCGCCUUAAC